UGACUCUCCCAGACCUUGAGAUGUUUCUCCAUUUGCUCUGAGUGCGAAUGCUUAACAACAUAGUCAGAAACAAGCGUGGACACGUGCAAACAGAGAGAAGUGACAAACGCUUUUUCCUCUCCGCUGGAGAAGUUGAGUAGUUUAUAUACCAAACUAAGAGGACAUUAACAACUGACCUGAGUACAGCCGGACAGAUUGAGGUGGAUGAGAUUGUGGCACCCCUUUCCUGUUUUCAGGUAUAGAAAGCCUUUAUCUGUGAUUCUGCAGCAGUAUGCCAGACUCAGGUACUGAAGACUGAGGCAGUUUCUGUUGAGGAAAAGACGAUCAGAGGAUAAAUUAGCAGCUGUGUUUUGUCAACAAAAACACUGUUGGCCUUUAACCCAUUACUUCUGUUUCCAAGCCUGAGGACUUUCGCCACAAACUCCUGCUUUGGUUCAAGCACUUGUUGCUGAAAAACACAGAACCCUGCAGUGCUCAGGAUGCAUGUGAUCCACUGUCUCUUGAUAGCCUCUCUGCUCCUCCUGCUACUCCCAUCUGUUGAGAUGAAAAGACCAGGAAAAGGCAGAGGCCUUAAAAGAGCAAGGCACAAACUUACACGGGAAAAAGUCAGAGUGAGAGGUGGUAAACGUCACAGCCGAUCAGGCCCCGCUGGAUUUGUGUCACAUAUGUGUUCUGAGUCUAAAGAAUCUGGAAAAGUGUUUGUGGAUUGUCAGGACCAAGGUCUCACCUUCAUCCCCCCCUCAAAGGCCUGGUCUAGAGCACCCAAGCAUCUCCUUCUAGCCCGGAACCAAAUCAAAGUUCUCAAUGAUGGAGCCUUUCUUGGAUAUAAGAGUUUAAAAAGUCUGGACCUUCAGCAGAACCUGAUUUCUAACGUGGAAGAAGGGGCUUUCGAGGGCCUGACACGACUAACAACCCUUCUGCUGCAGCACAACCGCCUGGGAACGCUCAGUGAGGAAGUACUCAUCCCCAUGUCAAAUCUUCACUACCUCCGUUUGCACGAUAAUCCCUGGAAUUGUCUCUGCCCAAUGGAAAGUCUCAUACGUACUCUUCAAGUACCAAGCAACCGUAAUCUAGGAAAUCAUGCCAGGUGUGCAGAGCCCAUCAGGCUAAAAAACAGGAGGCUGAAGAAUGUUGAUCCUGAGUUACUAUGUAAAGAACCAAACUCGACCAGUGACCUAAAUAGUGACCUUGAGGAUCUAAUGGGCCCUGCAGAGCCCAGUCCGAUUCGCAGCAAACCAGAUGCUAUCGCACUUUGCCACAUCUACAUUAUUCCUGAAAUACUGAUGGACUGCAGUAACAGAGGUCUAACUGAGGUGCCCUCAGGUAUUCCAGAGGACGUUGUUCAGAUUGAUCUCUCCCAUAAUUCAAUCCAUCAUCUUAAACCCAGAGAUUUCCAAGGAGCAAAAAGCCUGAAAGUCCUUAACCUCAGUAAUAACAAUAUGGAGCACAUUGACACAGGUUCCCUUUCUGGGCUCUUGCACCUUAAUGAGCUGGACUUGUCACACAACAAUCUGCAUUUUGUUCAGUAUGGAGUUCUUGAAGAUCUUUACUUUCUGUCACAGCUAAAACUCAAAGCAAAUCCCUGGGUGUGUGACUACAGCAUCCACUACAUAGUGUACUGGCUGCGUCUGCACCCCAGAGUGAGGCACUCUGGCCUGCUGUGCCACUCUCCUCUUGAAUAUACUGGCCAAAGUGUGGAGGAGUAUGUUCAUUCCUACAACAGAGAUUGUUCAGACAGACAGCAUAGCAUAACAGUUCCAGACCAAACAGACUCUGAGCUUUGGGACACACUAAUGGAAGUACAGGGAGAGGUGGAAGAGGAGCUGGAGCCAAGCCACUUGAGAGCGCUACAGAAAUACCAGAUCAUUAGACUGGCAUGAAUCAAGUGAAAAUAUGACCUAAUAUGUGACUUUAUUAAGAUACUUUGUUUACUCUUAAAUAACCUCCUUUUAGUAUUGUAACACAGUCUGUAUCAGAUUGACAAAUAAUUUUUUGUUGUUGUUUUAUUUUUUUUGUCAGUAAAGAGUCACUUAAUUAAAUGUAUGAGAAAUAACAAUGUGAUGAUUAUGACUGUUACCAUAAAAGAACAUGACUUUUACUGGGUUAUACAAACCCAUGGACACUAUAAUAACAAGCAAUAAAAUCAGGGCAAACUCACUGAUAAACUUUAGGCUGGGCCAUUUUAAAGAUGUGCAGCAACGCAGGUUGAGAUGGAUCACAAAUGGACGGUAAUUCUGCAGAAUUUGCCUCGUUGUGCUGUCUGUUAUCCAAUCUUUCCCCGAUGAGAAGUUGAUCUAACAAGGACAAAAACUGUUUCAGCUAUAACUUUCAACAUUGAAAUGAAGAAAAAUGAACAGGGAUUGCUGUCUCAGUAGACCUGGCUCCACAGCAUGCCUGACUGGAUGAUAGAUUUCCACAUACAACAUACUUCAGCGCAGUUCAGUCGGUCUCUUAGUCCUAAAUACU